UCUGGAUGAUGAUUGGCUGGAGCGAGUUUUCAUUCAAUGAGCACUCGCACAUGGCUUGCAUUGACACAAAAGAUGAGUCUGCUGGCGAACGGAAGGAGCGCCUAACUGCAGGUCGCCCACUCAGGGACAGCGGAAGAAAGCAGCAGCAGCAGCAGCAUCCGGAGGAAGCCAUGAUGGAGACGAACCCAGAGAGCGCCACGUGUGACGACACCCACAUGGAAACCGACGGGGGCGACCAGCCCAGCAAAGGCAGCUCCACGACCUGGGAGUACCCGCUGACUGACGACAACGAUAACAGGAGCGACCACAACAACGAAGACAACAACAACCUUCAGCAACAACAGGCCGAGGCUCCAGCGGAGCCAACACGGAGCGCAGGAGGUGGCAGACCCAAGCGGGAGGGGGAUUCGUUGCGGCUGAACAUCGUCAUCAACAGCAACGACCAGAGCUUGGCCGAGAAGUUUAUCGACGACAGGAACAAGCGGCUGGGGGGCCAGGAGAGGGAGGAUGCACGCAAGCAAUCGCUGGUGGCCACGGCGGCGGCAACGACGACAGCGAAGAAGAAAAAAAGGAAGAGAAAAGUGGGCAAAACCAAGGUGGUCGAGCCUCCACCCGUGGACAACGGCGAGGUGCUGGUGCCUGUGCACAGCGUCUGGCACCGGAAUCGCCGCGUGGGAGCUGGUCACGUGAUCAAGAAAGGCGACCAGGUGCUUCGGUACGUCGACCGCAAAGGCAUCGUCUACAGCCCUAAAGAUUCUAUCUACCUGGAGAACAAGCAGGCAGACCAGCCUUUCUACAUCUGCAGCAUUCAGCAAUUUAAAUUGACCAAGAGAGACACGCUGUUGAUGAACGUUAAAUGGUACUUCCGGUUGUCUGAGAUCCCGGGUAGCGUGUCGCACCACUUGCUUCUGGAUCGCCAUAUCGAGCACGGCUCUGGUGAAUCAGUUAUUAAAGAUCCUGCCAUCAAGUCCCGUGAACUGUUUACCUCAGAUGCCUCUGACACUGUUCCUAUUACAGCUUUGAGAGGUAAGUGCCAAGUUGUGCACUACCAGGAUAUUAGGUCUGCCAGGGCCUUCAAGCCUGCACCGGACGUCUUCUUUUACGUCCUAGGCUACAACCCGCAGACCAAAAGGCUGGCGACAACUCAGGGAGAGAUUCGGGUGGGCUCGAGCCACCAGGCUCGGCUUCCAGAAUGCAAACCAAAUGUACAGCCGGCAGAAAUGCCAGAGAGGUGCGACAACCACGAAGAGAUCAGGUGGCGCCCUUUACAUGUGAUGGAUGGCGAUCUGAUAAUGUACCUGCGUGCAGCUCGGAGCAUAGCUGCAUUUGCAGGCAUGUGUGAUGGUGGGUCUGCAGAUGACGGGUGUCAGGCUGCAUCUAUGGACGAGACCACAAUGAAUGCCAUGGACAUUCUCCAUCGUAACAGCUAUGACACAGGCAAGGCACUACAAGCCCUUGUAAAGAGCCCAGCCAUGAAAACCAUUGAAAAGAAAUGGACUGAUGAAGAUUCUAAACGCUUUGUGAAAGGUCUCCGGCAAUACGGCAAGAACUUUUUCAAGAUCAGAAAGGAGUUGCUACCUCACAGAGAAACGGGCGAGCUGAUUGAAUACUAUUACUUCUGGAAGAAGACCCCUUCGGCCGUUUCCAACCGCCCACACCGACGACAUCGACGGCAGGGAGGCCUGAAACGCCAGAAUACUCGCUCAUCAUCUCAGCCCUCCGAAUACCUGGACCAGAGUUCUGCCACCGAGUGUUCUGACGAUUCGGAAGACAGUGAUGGAGGGCGAGACCUGAGCACCUACCUGUGUCGACACUGCUUGACCACAAUCUCCAAGGACUGGCAUCAUGCUGGCAAAGACAGAACACUGCUGUGCACAAAAUGCCGGCUCUUCUUCAAAAAGUAUGGCGAGGAGCGUCCGCUAGAAGGAGAGAAGGAGCCGUCACCUUUCCUCUUCAAACCUGUCAAGGAGGAGGAGGAGGAGUCCGUUAACGGGAAGCACAAUAUGCGCACACGACGCAGCACUACUUCUGGUGAAAACAAAGGCAAGAAGAGUGAACGUCAGAGUACAAGCAGUCCAGACAUUGAGGGCCUGACAGGGAAAUUAGGCCGUAAAUCUCCUAGUGGUGCUAGCACAGGCAGCUCCAGCAGUAACGACAAGGACACCAGCAAAGACAGGCUUGGAGGGCAGGCAAAGACAGACGCCAAAGGUCGUAAACGUCUACAAGCUUCAGAUACAGAGGGGAAACCCAAAAGAAGAAAAGAUCAGGACCGGUCUGACUCCGAGUCUAUGCUUGAUAGUAGUGAGGCAUCUGGAAAUGAAGAUCUGGGCAACGAGGCAGACUCUGAUGACAACAAUCAGGAUGACCUGAGUGCCAGUUCUCAGCCCUCUACUCCCAGCUCCCUUGACACGGAGUUCAAACCUGCAAAAGACUAUAUUAAGCCUGAACCUCUUGCACAAUCUCCUUUAGUGGCUCUCUCUCACACUGUCUCAGCCAGCACAACUGCUGGUGCUUCAACUCUUUCAACUUCCAACACCAUCAGCACAACUGCAGUGUGCACGUCGACAGCCAUUGUGAACCCUGUGGCAUCUGCACAGGACUCAAACUCUGGACUGAUUCUUGGAGGUGUGGGGACUAGCAGUCAUCAUACUCCAUCAUUGGGCAACUCCUUUUCUCCUGUGACACAGGCAGUGGGAUUGAUUACAGAGAAUAAACAGUCCCUGGGUGUCGGUGUUUCACACCUCACGGCAGGAAAUUUGUCACUUCCAUCUCGGCAGUCUUCUGAACUGCCUUCUGCAAUCGCAACAACAGCCAGCAUCGAUUCCGUGACGAUCUCUUCAUUAGCCUCUCAGGCACCAGUCACCGUGUCAACGCAGUCUGCUGUAUUGAUGCCUUCAUCGUCUUCAUCUUCAUUUGCCAGCUCCUCCUCAUCCUCUUCUUCGUCAUCACCCUUGGUAGUACCUGGAACUACCAUGACUUCUAUGUCGUCCACAGGUGUGACACUGAUGUCAUCUGGCUCAGGCACCAGUGGGGAGGGAGAAAAAAAGUAUCUCCCUCCUCAAGCAGCCUUUAUCUACACUGGGAGGGCAUUUGUUCACCCCAUAUCACCACCACCCAUACUACCCAUAUGCCCCACACCUGGGGCCUCGGCUUGGUGGGCCUCCACCCCCUGUCCUAGCCUCGUACCAAUCAAAAAGGAGCCUGGCUCACCUUUGCGACCAGACGAGCGCAUGAAAGAAGCUGCCGAAGAAUCUCACCCAGUCAUUCGCCCUCAUCCACAGUCGAUAUCUUCCUCAUCAACUUCAUCAACUUUGCCAUCUCUUGUGCCAGAUCAGAAACUGCCCCCCUCUCACAUCCCUGUGCCUCCUCCACUCACCAGCAUAGACUCAGCUGCUGCCAGUGGUCUGGACCAUGGUGGUCUGGUGGGGCCUGACUCUUUGAGGGACAAUUCCAGGGAAGCCAUUUUGAGAGAAGCUCGAGAGACGCCCCUUCUGGGCAGCAGCAGUGGUGUGGGAGGUGCGAGUGGCGUCGGUGGGUCGGAUCCACCGCAACGCACCUUGCUGCCACCCCCACUCACUUCUCUCACGCCAUCUGCUCCAGCCACAUCAUCCUCAUCUUAUGCAUCAGGACUGAGUGGCAGCAUCUCGCACCACUUGUCAGGAAAUACACCUGCACUGCAUGGUGAGAAGAGCUCGCACUUAGAGCAACAUGGAGGCAUGGACAAUGUUCGGCAAGAGGGAGGAAUGCCACUCUCACUGCGACACACCAAGCAGGAGAAUGACACCAUUGUGGAAGAGGUGGAAGACUCGGACUCCGAUCGGGAGGGUACCACUACGCCAGGUCCCAACCCUACUCCAUGUAACAAAGAAGUGCUCAAAAGUCAUUCAGCAGUAUUUAUUAAAGUGCUGGAUAGGGGUGACCGCAACUGCUGCUCACGCUGUGACUUGAUCUUCAAGCCACUACCUUCAUCAGCUUUGGCUAAAAAACGUGAAGAGCGAGCCAAGAAACAAGCUCCAUCAGCUCAGCCAGUCUCCUCUCAGUCGUCACAUCAGGCUCAGAGGGAUGAGCGGCCUAGAGAUCAGAAACGGCCAAACACGCCGCCCAAAUCGGCAUCUGCUGACCUACAGGGUCCUAGCACAAGUUCCUCUCAGCAACAGCACGGUCCAUUUGCUGAGCGACAUACCCCAAGGCCCUACCCAGAUACCCCUGCUCUGCGGCAGCUUCAUGAGUAUGCUCGACCACAUGUUCUUAGUGGUCAAGACCCUCAGAGGUCAAUAGCUUAUGGACUGGCAGGUCUUUCAGGCCAUCCCCAUAUGGAUCCUCUUGCCAGCUACCAUCGUCUAGCUAUGUAUCCUCCUGGAUCCAGGGAAAGGUUGGAGUUGGAAUUGGAGCGAGACAAACGUGAACGUGACCAACGAGAGCGAGAACUGCGUGAACGAGAGCUGCGCGAAAUGGAGAUGCGAGAGAAGCUCAAGGCUGAAAUGGAUCUGAAGCCGCCAGGUAUUGAACGUCUCCUGCCACUUAGCGCCACACCUCUUGACCCACACUGGCUAGAGCUGCAGCGACGAUUUGGGUACCCACCUGUGGGAGCACUAGCCCUGCCUCCUGGUGCUCAUGGAUCUGGGGUAGGUCCCCACAUACCAGGUGUAUACCCGCCAGUGUCCCUGACCAGUGACCUUGUGGCCAGAGAGAGGGAGAAGCUGGAGAGGUUGGGCCUGCCUACCUCACAUCCCCACCUACCACCAGAGAUAUCCUACGCCAGCGCUGUGGAGAGGCUGUCUGCCGAGCGUCAGCAUGCAGAGAAGCUGGGCCUGGUUCCACCUAGCAUGCAAAAUGAAGCCCUGGCUCGCCUGCAGAUGGCCAGUUUUGCCAACAACGCAGCAGCAGCGGCGGCAGCCAUGCAUGCCCACACUCACACCCACGCCCACUCCCACACACAUCUGCACCUGCAUCAGCAGCAAGAAUCAUCCAGCCUGGCCGCUGCAGCAGCCCUAAAUAGUAUCGGUGGUGGUGGCAGUGGCUUGCCUGCCAUUCAUCCACUUGCACACCUGUACCCCCCACCAGUUGGUCCCCCAGCUCUUCUUGUUCCAGAAGGCCAGCAAUCAGAGCAGCUGUCAAGUCGUAUGAUUUACCAAUAUUACUCACAACAACUCACCAAUGACCAGCUCAUCUACAUGCAGAGAGUCACUAAUGAGUUUUACUUGCGAACAAAGCAGGAACGAAGUCUGAUAGAUCCAGCUCAGUUGGUGCAGACCCAAUGUCUGGGUCUCCCCAGUGCUAGUGGUGCACCCUCCACCUUGGCCUCCCUUCACCCAGGUGCUCAGACUCUUCUACCUGGGGCCAGCCAGCGGGAGCAGGAUCUUAUACAGCGUGAACUUUACAGCAGAGCGUGCAUGGACCCGUCUUUUGCACAUCAGCUGUCCGCUGCCCAGCAUGAAGCAUUUCAGCGCCAGCUUGCCUUGGAAAGAGAGCGCUAUGGAGCAACAGGGCACUUGCCGCACUAGCAUCGUCAACCCCUCCAUGCUUGCAAGGGGCAGUCCAUUGGAAUCUGCUUAGAGGAAAGUUUUUCCAUUUCCCUGGUGCAGGUAGCAGCAUCAGUGUGGCCCAGCUACCAGAAAGGGAUGAUGUUGAAGGAGAGUUUCCCUUGUUGGUUGUGACUGUAGGAAAAAUAUGGCUUUCAAACCAAGACUUGCUGUCACCUGUUGGUUUCCCUAUGAUGUGGAACCAAGGACCAGAUUAAUGUGAACAUUAAGGUGACUAUCCUGUUGCCAACACUGCAACAGUGUUCUCCUCUCCCCACUUCCAAAUUGUCAAGUGUUUUGUAGUCUGUAUCCAAGUGAAAUGUUCUGAAGGUAAACACAUUGUACUAUUAUUGGAAUUGAAGGGCGAUAGUUGAUUAUUUAUGAGUUGGUAUGAGUGUUUCUGAUGUGAUGCAUGCAUGUGCAAAAGCAUUCACCACCAUCAGUAGCUUGCACAGAGUCACACUCUUUACCUGUUCUCCUCUGACCUGAAAACUUUGCUGUUGGCUUGUACAGUCUCUCAACAAAACACUCUAAACUCUGAAAGCCUUGAGCAUCUUCACAUCUGUAAGUUCUUCUCUUUCACUUCUUCCUGAUGAAGUCCCCACCCCCUUUUCAUUUACUGUUGGUAACAAUGUUUGAGCAAUAAAUUAUCAGCAAUAUGGUUUGAUAGUCACCCUAAGCACCAACAGAUUCUAGCUCAUCUAGAGGGAUAUUGUUUAUGACAUGCCAGUUGUGAGAUGCACGGUUGCUUGAUUUGCAGAUAUGUGCAGAGUUCAAGUAACUAAGAACACUCUGGUCCUUUUAUGAUUGACAUAGCUCUCGAAAUCAGGUUUUCAUGUAAAUAUCGGUGAAGUGCAUAAGUGAGUUCAGAGUAUUCUCUUCAUGUGGCAGUUUUAGUCGAGGCUUACAAUAUGAUAAUGUCAUUGUCUCCUCGGCUUAGGCUUGUCACAUUCAAGGUGCAUAAAACCUGCUGCCUUGGAUCCCCACUCCCUUUUUUUUUAAUGUUGCCAUGCAACAUGUGAUGCAUCAUUGACAAGGUCCUUCAGAAGCUUGGGCAACACUCCGUAAUCAGCCAAGCAGAAGUUACCUGUAAAGUAUCAAGUAAUAUGUAGACUUCAGGGCCACCAUACCACAUGGGAAUACGGUACUGCAGUAUCUAGUGCCAAACCUGAACAGCUAGGUGCCAAACUACUGUCUUUUGUUUGUUUGUUUAAUCAUCUUAGCUAGAAUAUGUGAAGUCAUCACAAACUAUUAUGAGCAUUAUCAAAGGUGGUAAAAACACUGGACACUAAUUACUGGCAAAUAGUAGUUGAUUGCAAAAUGCAAUCAGAGGCUGGAGAACUUGGAAUGGUAAGAAAAUGUGUGCUCUGGGCUGUGUGGUGUGUUCAUUUAGAGCAUGUGGCAACAGUCAUGGAUUUCCCAUCUGAUGACUGACCAUCUGUUAAGUUCUCCCCACCCCCUACAGAUGUUCUUAACAGCUGUACAUCGUGUGGCACCACUUGCUUGUAAGGUAGACAUGGAUUUUCUGCUACACAGGAAGCCAGGUACCCCAUAUUCCCAACAUAAGGGAGGAGAGAUGGGGAGGGGUCAAUCAUUUCCAUCUCCUUCCCCAUUUCAGCCUUUGUUCCUUGUGAGUUUGAUGUGCUUUAGUCACAUUGCAUAAAAUCAUCUUAAAAGAACCUAACUUACACUCUUAUUUUAAUUUUCACUGAUGCAAGUUUUUCUACACCGUCAAGGGCAUAAUGAAUAUUCUUUACUGUAACAGUUGGUGGUUGUUUGUCCCAAGGCACUCUUUAGUAUCUGCAUUGUUAUGCAGUUUGUUAAGGGUACAUACGUGUGAGUGGUGUGGUGAAUGAAUGUUUGUAUAUAUACCUACUUUCACACUUAAAUAAAAACAUGCAAUGAGCAACUUUGCGGCAAUAUGUAGAUUUGUGCAAGAUUUUUUUUUUUUCCGGUUUGUGUUCUGUACAGUUAUUCUAAAUCAUACAAGGGUCCGGCUUUCAGUCAGUAUUUUGUCAUUUUGGGUGGCUGACCUUUCUCAGGCAAUAGGUCAGCCGAGGGUGUUUAAGUUAUUACAUUAUUACAAAAACAUAAGAAACAGACACAUAACUACUCAAUUCUAUAAAAGAAAAAUCAGGGCAGUAUUGCUGGUGCAACAUCAUUAUUGAAGCACCUGAAUUAAUGACCAAUUAUCAAGGUCUACUGUCCCUGAAAAGCCUGAUUUCUGUUUCUUUUUGCCGCAGAAUUUGGUGGCUGUGGAGGUGGUAUUUUUAAAGUCAUAAAGAUGCCUCAUAUAGUCACAUGUUCUCCCUUCCCAAGAAUUUUGUAUACAGACUUAUUGACAAGAUUUUUUUUUUUCAUUCAAAAUGUAUCUGUAUAUUUUGAUGUAAAAUUCAUCAUUAAUGUAAUCAUUCAGUCUUGUGUAUGUGACAUUUAGAAUGGUAGGAGAUUUUUUUAUUAUUAUUAUUUCUUUGGUUAUACACAUCAUCCCCAAGUUGACACUUGCUGUGCAAGGCUGGAAGCCAUAAAUGGUUUAUACUGUCAGCUGUAAAUUUAGAAUUUAAAGUUUUGUGUACAACCAUUUUUUAAUGCAACAUACAAACGGUUCUUGUUCUUUGGACAGCAGACUUUGAUAUGAUAGGUGGGGUGAAAUGUUCAUAAAAGGAAGGGAAAUUACUUGUCUUUUGAGUCCAAAUGAACAUUUUGUGCCCACCCAACCCCCAAGUAAAACAGUGCGUUCUCGCCUAACGAUGGCUCUGUUGAUAAAGUUUCUCAAUUCCAAUGUAACUUGGAUUAUGAAACAAAAGUACGGUGCAGUUCUGCAAAUUGCAGCACCAGAUGCUUAAUGUUGUAGCCUUAGAACCACAUCAUAUAUUAGUCAAAGUUGGAGAAGUCUUCAUUAUCAAAUUCUGCAAUAUUAUUUCUGACGAAAGAGUCAAAAAAAUUAAGUUCGGUCAAGGUUGUUGUGGUGGACCUAGGUCUGAGUCUCUCAAAUCACAACCUUAAGUCUGCACAUUACUUCUCUUCAGGCAGCUUCAAGUGCAUGUCAUACCAUGCACUGUAAAACUCGACUGAUAAUUAUUAACCAGUCUGUGGCCAACAACGGAUUUCAGGCUUUUAGCAUUUAGGCGUUUCCAACUUUGACUUCUGUAUGUGCAGUAUUCAUAAAUAGGAUUGAUAUUUCUUGGAAGGACUUUAUUUUUAAAAUUCGUUUUCAGUUUUUGUUACCUCCCCUUCCCUUUUCCUCCGAAGGGAAAGGGGAAUGUGCACGUGUGUGCAUGCCAAGGAUAAGAAUGUACCGUCUAAUAAAAGAUUUUUAUGCUUG